AUGGAUGAUGGUAGAGGGCUUCUGGUCCUGCUCUGAGUGCCCUCACCUAACGGGAAGAUGAAGGUCUCUGCAGCUGUUUUUGCUCUUCUCCUCAUUGCAGCUUCUUGCUCCCAGACUUCCUCUGGCCCAGUUGGAUCCGAUGUCCCAAUCUGCUGCUUCUCCUACACAGCCCACAAGCUCCCACAUAGGCGCAUCCUGCGUUAUUACAGCACCAGCACCAGCUGCAUGCUGCCAGCCAUUGUGUUCAUCACAAAGAAAGGCCACCAGGUCUGUGCCAAUCCCAGUCACACCUGGGUUCAAACGUACCUGAAAAACUCGAACUGA